AUGUUAUCCUCACUCUUAUUGCUCGUAUUAGCCGGUAUUGCGAUGGCCCUAGCACCGCCACUGACGGUGCAGUACCAAUUUCCAACAGUAAUAUCCGAUGAUGUGAAAGUGCCAGUGGUUCUAGGAGUCAUGUCUCGCUGCCCAGAUGCAAUUCUGUGCGAAUCUGUGUUCAAUCGCGUAUUACAAAGAGUAGGCGACAAAGUAGAAAUUUCAUUGUCGUUCAUCGCAAACCCAAACGCCUCGGAGCCCUUUUAUGGUGUAACUUGCAAGCAUGGGCAAGCGGAGUGUGCCGGAAAUGUGCAACAGUUGUGCGCUGCCAAAUAUCACUCUACUUCUGAAUGGUGGUCCUUUGUGCAGUGCCAAAACUUUCAGGGGCGUGAUAAUAUCGGCACGCCAGAAACUGCCCUCAACUGCGCCAACGCAGCGGGAAUCAACUGGGAAAACGGCAAGGCUGGUCAAUGCGCAGGAAGAGACGGCCGUGGAACAGAAGGAAUACAACUUUUGCAACAGAGCACCAGGGAUAGCAUCGCAGCUGGGAUCCAGAAAAGCUGCACGAUCAUCAUCAAUGGCCGACAAGUAUGUAUACGGGAUGGCACUUGGUAUGACUGCGAGGGCGGUCAUUCACCGGCAGAUUUCAUCAGACAAAUCAACGCAGAGUAUGACAGACUCAACAGCGCGGACUAA